CUGCCGCCGCGGCGUGAGAACGUGUCGAUUCUCAGUCCCGCGCGGUCCCGAAGGAGAGCAAGCGAGAAAGAAAUAGAGAGAGAGAGAGAGAGAGAGGGUUCCCGUAGUUCAUCACGGUGUCACAUCGGCCGCAUCUCUCCUUAACUCGGCCGCGCGAAUGUCAAAUGAUCGUCAGUCAUGAUCUCCAGUGAGACGUCGCGGGCACCUCUGCUGAGCCUUCUCCUGCUAUGCACCCUCGUGGUCCCGAUGUAUGCCAGAUCCUGGGACUUAGCUGUGGUCAUCGGCAGCGAAAUCGACUUUUUCGCCCAAAACAAAACGCUCACGGGUCAGGCCAACAUUGGGGAAGCUGUCGCCUUGACCGGGGUAACGUACGACGACACCACUCGAACAAUGUACUUGUCCGAUACGAGAAACAACGUUUCCAUAUUCAGCAACGAUCUCACCAACAAGAACUUUACAUCGACCCCGUUGCUCAAGAAAGAGAACGGUACGCACGUCAUAGGGAUCGUCUUCGACGCGUCGUCGCGCACUUUGUUCUGGGCGGACGCUUUGAGGGAGACCAUCGCGAAGAUGCACGUGCCGGUGAACGGUGAACCGGGCGACCCUGUCGUUCUGCACAACCUCACCGGCCGCAAUCCGCGUGGCAUCGCUCUCGACGUGUGUAACAGCCACAUAUACUGGGCGAACAGUAACAAAUCGAGCCCCAGUAUCGAGCGUUCCAAUCUCGACGGGAGCAAUCGAACGAUCGUCAUCAACGAAAACCUGUACGAACCGCUGUCAGUGACGAUAGACCACACAGAACAGAAGCUGUACUGGGCCGACGAUGGCGAAGGGAUCCAUUUCAAGAUCGAACGCAGCAAUCUGGACGGCAGCAAGCGGGAGUUGUUGGUCCACAACAAACGUCAGCAGCCGGUCUACCUCGCCGUGGACAGCGAUUCGGUGUACUGGUCCGAUUGGGUGCAUAACGCGAUCUGGAGCAUGCCGAAGAACGCCAAGGAGGGCGACUAUCCAACUAAGUUCAAGUCCUACUACGAGUCCAAGCGGGACGCCGAUCCGGCCGGCAUCGUCACGCGCGACAACGUCGGCAAGAUCAACUGCACGGCGAUCGCGGCGAUGACGAAGAGACGGAUGAACAUCGCGAAGCCUGUCCAACGAUUGACGAACGAGACAUUCAACAACUUGACCACCAGCACGGAGGAAUCGGAAUUGACCACCGAGAGCUCCAUAUACUGCCUAAACGACGGCCAUCUGAAUAAAACGGACGGCACGUGUCGAUGUAAACCAGGGUUCAACGGAACCUUUUGCGAGAUCUCUCUCUGUCAUAACUACUGCCUUCGUGGUGAAUGUACCACAAAUCAUCGCGGGCUUCCCGAGUGCGAGUGUCCGGGCACAUUUAGCGGUGCUCGGUGCGAGAGGGACGCCUGCGACGGAUACUGCCUCCGUGAUGGCGAAUGUUCCGUCCGAGGUGGAGAGCCGUAUUGUAGCUGUAAAUAUUCCACGGGGACUCGAUGCGAAGAGGCGGAAGACAUCGCGGAGAUCUGCGCGAUCUACUGCGCGAACGACGUCGCCGAAUCGUCGAACGUCAACGUGACAUCCUGCAGGUGCACGCAGGACGACGCGCAAACGGCCCAGAGGAUGGUCAAGCUCAGCGACAACGUGGAGUACAGAAAGCUGCUGCUGAUAUUCCUCGUCCUCGCCACCGUAGCGCUCUUGUUUUUCGGCGGGGUCACCUGUUAUGUGGGCAUACUGCGAAAGAAACCGCGCGUGAAGAGGCGCUUCGUGGGUGUAACACCCCUUACGUCCCGGCCGCAGAUACCGGACAAUCAGUGCGAAAUUACCAUAGAGAAUUGCUGCAAUAUGAAUAUCUGCGAAACUCCGUGUUUCGAACCGAAAUUGUGCACCAUGGUGCCGAGGAGCAAUAGCUCGAAAAAAGAGGAGAAGAAUUCCUUGUUGGAUAACAUGGAGGGGAAUUCGUGCUAGCACAAGCUAAUCUCUCGUCGUAUGAAAUGGCGAAAAUUCUGCGGACUCCGCGGCACCGCCGCGAGCCACUCGCGGAACUAGUACUCGCGGGAUCCUCCGACCUCUCUGUGUAUGUACUGCGGCGGAUUCUACCCAUAGUUACUUCUCCAUCCGGAGUUCGAAAGUAGCCGCGCGUUAUUUCGGACACGCGCCGCCGUGUCGACGACGAUUACUUUCGCUCCGUCACGAGAAAGGAAGCCAAAGCCUCUUCUUAGGAAGUCCUGUUUCAUAUUAUGUCAUAUAAGUAGGGCUGUGUUAAUAGAACCAGUAAUUAAUUAGUAGUCAUAUUAAAUCUUUAUCGUGCGAUUUCGUUGGACGCCCGUUGGACGUCAAUAUUUUUCAGCGAUACGACGCGCCAAGUGCUUUUGCGUUUUCUCAAGGGACCGCUGGAUGCGCGAUUCCUUUCGCUCGCUCUCGACGCCGCACAAAGCCGAGCCGAGGAUUUUUUGGCCGUACUUACGAAACGCUUUCGUAAAUUUGCAUUACGUCCGUCGGCUGUAAUUUACGUCAUUGUCGCGGCAUGAACCUUGUGACAAUCGUUGAAGUUUUCGAGCGCGCGAUUACAAUUUAAGAGCGCGAAUCAUUUCUAAUCGCAGUAUAUAUUAUUAUAAAUUCUCUUAUAAUAAUAUAUAAUUGUGAUUAUAAAGUAUUACGAUAUCAAAAUUAGAAUUAUUUAUAAUUAAAAAAUUGUCAUAUGCGAUACCUGUGAACUUUCUCGAAAGUUCCAUUAAAUGUAUAACGAUGACACAGUUGAAUCGGUUUAGAGAAUUUCGCGAAAUUGUGAGCCUAGCAAAUUACGAGAUAUGUGACAAUGCAACGUUCCGAACUUUCGAUAUCGUAUCGCCGUGUCGAGAAGAUAUAUAUCUUUAUACCUUGAAAGCAAAAACGCAUCUCUUCAACUUUUAGCUUCGAUUUUAGAAGUUUUAGCAUUUUGAAACGUUCAGUCAAGUGCAUGCACGUAGAAAGUCAUGGGCAGAAUAGUUGUAACACUGUUUCCGAUGAAUUUCGCAGCGCAUUCUGUGUCUAAUAAGAGAAUUUGUUUUUUAGUAAUUUGCAGGGAGACACAUUUUUCCAUUGGAUGCGAAAUAUGUUUCGAAAUUCCACGGAUAUGCGACUAUUCUGCCCAUGAGCGCACAUAUAUUCUAUUAAUUGUAUCGAUUAUUUUAACGAAUGAGAGAACGUUGAGACUUUUUUAAUGAGAAUUUUGAAAUGAUUGGUGCUGAAAUGUUUACGAAUCCGAAGACUGCCGGUAUUAACGCUACUGAUCCCUCGCCACGGCCAUUUUGAUCGAUAAAGUCGAAAGCGAGAAAAUUCACGGUCAAAAUACAUGAAAUGAUAAAACAAAUACGUUAGCAAAAUAACACUUGCGAUCGGUAAUUAGGCAAAUUUGUGGGACGUUCUGAAGAAAUAUCUUUUUACUUUCAAUGUAUUUUGCAAGAAUUAUGAGCGUGUCAUUUUCUCAUAUUUCCAAUAUCGCUAAUCAAGAUGACCGCGCCGAGAAAACAGCAGUACCGAGGACUGAAAAAGAAACGAACAAUUUAUAAUAUAUAGCUUCUUCUCCGGCGCCUGAUCUAAUGUUCUACGGAUGUAACAAGCGAAAGGGAACGCGUGCGCGGUGCUUAGAAAUCUUUCCAUCACGUAGAAGUAGCUAUCGAACAACAACACACUACAAGCUCUCUGACGUGGAAAAAUUUCUCCCAGAAGCUUCCUUAUAUAUAUUCAUCUCGUCCCGUUCAUUUCUCUUAACAUAGAAUCGCUGUGUUGGUUGAAGGGAACUCUCACUCGUGCUGAAACAAUUUGGAGUGAGAACGACAGAGAGAGAGAGAGAGAGAGAAAGAGAGAGCAAGAAGUAAAGGAUAAAAAGGAAAACGUGUGGCGAUCGCGGUCACGGGGUGCGCAAAAGUUGCCUUAAGCGGUAAUUCUAAUCGUUGCUCAAAGUACCGUUGAGUACAUUCCUGAAGAAAUUUAGAUCGCGACGGUGACAAAUAGUUUCCGUUCUCGUAUAUAACACUGUCGACUGAGUCAACCGUCAACGGACUUUACAGUGCACAUAGAUAUGGAAUUAUCAUUGGUUUCAUUAUCAUAAACUACAUCUAUACGAUAGCCUGAAAUCGUCUUGGUAACACCCGUAACGCAGAUCUACGUUCGCACUGGCGGAAAAUCGAUUUGAUCAUUCUCGACAUUGCGACUUGCUAGUGCUGCACGUGUCGUAUGGGCUACGUUCCAAUGUUCACCACCGAUACUGAAAACCUACAGUUCUUGUUCACGUAUACUACAGAUUUUCAAUAUGGCAGCGAAUAUCGGAAUGCAGCUGCAGUGAUAGUUAAGACGUAAUUGUUCGUACGACAUGUAACAUCGACGGUUGUAACAGCGGAAACGAUCGAUUCGGUCCUCAUUCUGUUCGUGUAAACGCAGAUUACGGAUGUUACUAAUAAAGACCGGUCUUAGGUAAACGUGGUCAUUAAUCGCGCAAGUCAUAAUCCGGUAAUUCUCCGAUCACGACGAGCUCGAUCUUGCUUCUCGAUCGCGCCAAGUCUCGUAUCUCGAUCAGCGCGCUUUUGAUUCCAUUCUUAGGCCCGCAUUCGUCGCUUGACCCCCUCGUGAGACGAGAGUUUCAAGUGACGACGCACACACACACAGACACUGUGGAUUCGUAAAAUUACAUAACUAGAAACACGGGCCUUAACGAGUUCGCUUCGUAUUCCCGUACCACCAUUCUCUAUCAUUGAUACAUUUGAUCACACCGAGUACAAUACACAAAUAUAUAUAUAUAUAUAUAUAUAUAUAUAUAUGUGUGUGUGUGUACAGGAUGAGGCGUUUCAAACGGACUGCCUACUUACGCGUAACGUCCUCAUAACGUGCGAGGACCAGGGCCGUUUCGAACCAAGUCUGUUCGAGACUCGCACAGCUCUAUUUCAUCCGUUUUAAACGCCUCACCCUAUAUCACACUUUGUAUAUCACUCUAUACAUCAUCCUGUCCCGCGUCGCAUCGCGAACACCCUGCGUAUCUCUCGACACUGGUCGCUCGACGGCCGUGACGGAAAUCAAGCGGCAGUUUCACCUUAAUAGAUACAAAUGAUCUCGAAUCGGCAGCUAAUCUUCUUCAGACAUUUCUCCGCAUUCGUCGAGAGCGACGGAGAGAGAUAGCCGGUAGGUGCUCGCGAUGACAAGCGGCACGCCUUGUAUAACAUAUGUACAUGCUAUCAUGAGGUGUAUGCUAAACAAAGUAGGGAAACAUUGCCGAACGUUCAGAGUUACAAUGUGCGCGAUCCGCACUGUCGGAUCUUAGAUAUCUCGUUCACCGGAGCGACAAGUCGCGCUGAACGCAAACAAGAAGCGCGACAAUCCGCGCACCUUUGCGACGACUUUCCGACGUAUCUACGUACUUACCGUGUAUUAUUUAUGUACAAUCAGUAAUCGAUGUUCCACACUGCUGGUUUCCAAACAGGAUUCUAAUCUCGAGGAUCGCCACUUCCGCGCACGGUGAUCCUUCGCGGCGAUCCACCGAUCAGAUUGUUCACGAUCCUCUGACCCUGGGCGGGGAGGGAGAUUUUUCAGUCUUCUGUUUCUCUUCCGAACUUUUUUACUCCGUUGCGAAAGCGCGAGGAUUAUCCGCCAAUUUUAUUUCUCGAACCCCACCAAUUUCACUGGUAAAAGUGUCACGUUCGAAUCACGACGGUCCACCGCGGGCGAGAUGGAUGGCGCGGUGUGAAAUCGAUUUCAGUUCAAGCUGUCCUUAACACGUUGACUGCCAUAGGGAGCGACCGGGUUCACGAUUGUGCCGCAUCAUCUCGUCGAUUCGCGCAUAAAGCACUAAUUACAGCUAACGAGCUGGAUAUGCGGCCCAAUAGGGAGCUGAUGAGACCAACUGACAAAUAUACACAUCGGUAAAAGUAUGUACUUACUCCGGAGACAAUCCAUGGAGACCAGCGUGGCAGUGAACGCGUUCAGAUGAACGAUCGUAAACUUUAUUUCCCUCAACCGUACAUACAUUUGAACCAAUCUUAAUGCAGUUAGCAGUUAACGCGUAUAUAAUUUUUAUGUACACCAAAGUUGUUUUUAAUCGUAGCGGAGAGAACAUAGUACAAUUAUUGGUUUGCGAGAAUUGUCAUACGUUGAGUCGAUGGGUUUGAUCAGUUGCAAUGUUGUAUGGAAAAAUGGCACCACAGUAAGAGAGAGAGAGAGAGAGAGAAAUUUAUUACUUAAUUUUAAUCUCAUGUCGCGCAGGGAAGCAAACCGAUAAUUACCAUGUUGUUCAUUGAUUAUAUGUUUAUGAGGUUUACGUUAUUCUUUAUAAUACGGAAGAAUGUUCCUGUCGUCGUGACAAACAAAUCAUUCGCAAUAUACAUGACGAUACUUUUUUGUUCCUGUAUACGAUAGAUACUACUUAAAUCGUCAUCGUCUCUUUGGUUUUUAAAUCUAACGUAUAUAAUUUUGUACUAAACGUUUGCGAUAUUUGCCGAGCUAUAUAUAUAUGUAUAAAAUUAUAUAAUUAUAUGUAUAUAUAUAUAUACAUAUUAUAUAUAUAUAUAUAUAUAUGUAUACACACACGUAUCAUAAAAAAUAUUUGUGUUUGGAAAAUAGCCCUCUCCCGCACACUCAUCCCCAGAGAUGGGAUAGUGGAUUUAUGGUGAAAGGGUUAUAUUCCUAAGAUAUAAAUACUACAACGAUGCACAAUAUGCAAUACGUCUGAACACGUUGUGUUAUUGUAAAUCGAGCUUUCAAAAUUUUCUCGAGAAAUUUUUCGUCAUAUAUAGCGCAUUCUCAAAUUAUUGAUUGAUAAUCUGAAUUGUGUUUAGAUUCAGGCUCAAUUGCAUAUUCUUAACUAUAUCUUACGUUAUAUGUAAUUCGUGGAAAUAGUUAAAAUACGCUGCAUUUUUUUCCAGAUUGAUCUGCGUUAUCCCGUAACACAGAUCAAUUGUUUUGAAUAUUCGAUGAUUAUAUAUCUUUCUUAAAGAUAAUACAUUUUCAGGAUAAAAUUAAUCUUAAAUUUUAUUGUUGUUGAGAUUAUGCUUAAAUCGUUCGAUCAUGCGGUCGAACGAUCCAAGACAUGUCUAACGCGAUUUCGGUAACGUACUGCAUAUUUUGCAUCCUUUUGCAAUGGUUAUAAUAUGCUGGUUGCUAUUGUAUACAGAUAAAAGUGAAAUAAAACGGAUCAUCUCUUAUUA